UUUUUAAAGUGCACCUCACAAUAGCAUGAUCCCAAACAAUAAAUCACAUGUCAGGUAAGAUCUACAGCAACGCAUAUAAGAUCCAGAAAUGUCAGGCGAAGCUGAAUUUGAGCCACAGUGUAGGAGUUAACCAUAAAUCAUGGAGGCAAGAAAAUGACUCACAAAGUCAGAAGUGAUGAAGCAAAUGUGAGAGAAAGCAAAGCAGCCAAAAACAAAAGGGGAUCAGGCCUAACUAGGGUGGGGAAACAGAAGGUGAUGAAAGUCCGCUGGUUGACGAAAUACUUCAGCGUGACACAAAUUUGCACACGAGAGAACGCAAUAAAAUCUGGAGGAAAAUGACAAAAUGAAAAAGUACAAGUUGUAGAGGGUGGGAAAUGUGUUUCUAGAAAAAACUGUCAGAGAGAGAAGAUGAAGAAACGUCCGUCACCUCCCAGAAACAUCAGCAUGGCGCUGUGUGGCUACGUGCCCUUAGCUUUAAAACCAUUAGCAGGCUGUGGUUGGCUCAGCAGCAGACCAGUGUUUUACUGGUUCCCCUGGGCAGUGUUAUGGAGCGGGCUGUGUGCUGCCCAGCCAUCUUUUAUUGAGCCAGGGUGAUUAGGAGCCCAACGUGCUGACGGCACAUGUAGUAAUGCUGUUACAGCCACUAGACUAGGAUUUACACCACUGACCAAGCGCCUGCCACUGUCCUGUAAUAUACAGUUCAAAUAUGAGGCACAGAUUACUACAAGGUUUUACUGUUCUGGUCAUUUAACUGCAGAACAGACUGGUCUGAAUUUUAAAUGUGAUGAGCAGAGGAGCAACAAUGUGCAAUGUUGUACGUUUGAUAGUUGAUUAAAGUGGUGUCAGUUCCUUCCACAUGAUGAGUGGAACAAUUCUCUACACAUUUUUUUAUUUGUUCAACAAUAGAGUGCAGUGUUUGUUGAGAUGAGCUGAUUUCUGUUGUUGUCCCCACAUCUGGUUGUUUCUCUGAUAUUUGUAACUUAUUUGCUGCUAAGAAUCGACUUUAAAUGGAUCACAAAAAAAUAAAUAAUUUAAUUUAAAAGUCUCAGAUAUUAUAAGUAGGUUGUUGAAACAAAGUAUGAGCUGAAAUGAAAUGUAGAAACAGUGUCACGGUUCGAACAGCUUGAGGGGAAUUUCAUAUUCUAUAGUUAUGCAUUGUGGGUUUUGAAGGCUAAUUUAGACAAAUGUCGAUAUCUAUAUCUAUGUAAGGAUGAAGCCUUAAUCACAGGCAUAGAUUUUUUCUAUGCAGGGCGUCAGUGGCUUAGUGGAUGGAACGGGCGCCCCAUGUACAAGGCUGUUGCCGCAGCAGCCCGGGUUCGACUCCAGCCUGUGGCCCUUUGCUGCAUGUCAUUACCCCUCUCUCCCUCGCCCCUUUGCGCUUAACUGUCCUAUCUAUAAAGGCAAAAAUGCCCCCAAAAAAUAUCUUUAGAUUUUGUCUUCGUCCCCCUCAAUAUUCAGAACAUGUACAAUUAUUACUAUUACUAUUAUUAAUAUAAUUACAUGCAUACAAUAUAAUAAAAGAGUUAAAUGUAUUUGUGAAGCAAUAAAAAACUAAUAUUUUCAGAAAAAAAUCAGGCUUUUCGUGUUGGGUAGUCAACCAUGUCCUGAAAAUUUGUGAAAUAAAUAAAUGCCUGAUGGGGUGGAGAUUAUAUUCUAUAAAAUCUCUAUGUAAGAUUAAAAAUAUUAAUCAAUUUUAAGAAACACUUAUCCAUUUAUUAUAAAGGUAAACUGCUCGUUUCUGAUGCAGAAUUCUGUUAAACUUUAAUUGGGGCUUUAAAAACAUCACUGUCACAUUGUUUUGCUGAAUAUUUAUUAUAUUUAUUAUUACACUACUUGAUAUAUAUAUCUUUUUAUGUUACUUUAUUCCUUAUCUCUUUGACUUUUUUUAAGCUGCUGUUUUUUCUCUAUCUUUGCCUGUACGGUGACCUUGAGUGUGGUUAAAGGUGCCAAGAAAUAAAAUGUAUUAUUAUUAUUAUAUUGAUGUAUACAUUCACUCAUUAACUACUAUUAUCAUUAUUCAUAUUUUUUUUUUUAAUUAUUUUUAUUGUAGUUAUUGGCAUCACUAUUGUUGCUGUGCAUCUCCCUCAAUCUCUGUCAUUUUGUCAUAUGGAUAACUGCAACUACUACGACAUCUAUUGCACAUCUGUUUGUUCUGGAAGAGGGAUCGCUCCUCAGUUGCUCUUCCUGAGGUUUCUCCCAUUUUUUUCCCCAUUAAAGGGGAUUUGUCAUAUUGGGCUUUAUAAAUAAAACUGAACUGAACAUAGCUUUUUUGCUACUAAAUGAAUUUCCUCUUGUUAUGAUAUCAGAAAUUACAUUUAAGUAGUUUUUUCACAGUGUUAAGACAUUGUGUUUUACUGAUUAUGGUGCUUAAAAUUCUAUAAAUCAGUCAUACUGCUACUGCAAUAUGCAUGUUAACAUUGCAACACUGGAUUUAUUUAUCAAUCUAUUUAUUUAUUCUAACAUAACAACCACUUGUGGUAAGAUUCAGAUCAUGCUGGCUUUGAAUUUGUGAUUUUUUUCUCAGCAGUUUGGCUGUAAAGUUCAAGCAACAGAAGAAUAAAUAACCAGCAGCCCACACUGGAGGUUAAGUCCUUGAGUACCUGAGCAGUGAAGACACUGGUCCUCCUCACCAUCCAACACACACAAGCUUAAUGACGGAGAUAAAGAACCCACCCUGAGUGUAACCUGGUUAACCUCAGCUCUGGUGUUGUAGUUUAGGACGCAGGGGUUUAUGUUUACGAGGUGGAGCAACAGAGACAGACAGAACACGAGCACCGACUUUGUGGGCCUGUGUGAUUAAAUACAACAGGGCAAGAUUUAUUUCCUUCUUUAUUUCUACUGAACACGUAAAACUAAGCUGCGGCUACGACUGAGGAGCCACAUCUGGACCCUGCGGGACGUGCGUGAAAUCAUUUCUCUAUUCCUGCAAUUUACUGUAAUGCUUUGCAGAUGGCACAGUCAGUGUGUGUGUGUGUGUGUGUGUGUGUGUGUUUCAUGUAAUAACUCCUACAGUAGGAGCCGCGGAAAGGCAUGAGACUUUGUGGAGACUGCUAUCAAAAAGUAAACUGGACAAAAUACAUACGCAUGGCUCAACAAGUGGAACUUAAGUGUCCCCUGAGCUGAGGAUACUGAGGGUGGGGGUGGUUUUAGGAGACACGUGCGACUGCCUCGAGGCCUGUUUGCUGAACCUUUUUUUUUUUUUUUUUUUUUUUUUUUUUGGGAGUCUAUACGCCUUCAGCAUGAGAGUGAGUGACAUCACCACAAGGAGAAAUUUGUCCUGGUUUCAUUUAUUACUUCUUUUUUUUUUUUUUUUUUUUUUUUUACAAUUUCUCUGUCAACAUGUGGAGGGAACAGAAGCCCUGCAGGAACACGUGGGUCAGACUUAUACAAACAUUAACGCGCUGUACACAACAGGCUUCAGGUUUCUGGAGAAUUCUGUGACGUGUGGCUAAAAGUACACUUCUGAGGUGACACGGUGCCUCGGAGCUAUCACCUUACUGCACCUUGUUGGGACUGGCUGACAUUGAAAUGGGCUGCCAGCUGCCGACGGGUAGUUUAUCACUGGUGUUAGGAAGUAUUCAAUGGCUUUCUCAGCUUGAGGAUGGCUCUGUGAAUGAAGACACCAUAUGUGCUAAUGUACACUGCACGUACACUGUGGAGGCUGUAGACAGUGGAGAGAUCAUGUGCGUGAACAGAUUCAGGUUCAUUCAUACUACAAUCAUUUGCAACUGUUUACUCUGUCAUAGUUUAAAAGGAUGUUGUGUUUGAUUUGGUGUGAUCUGGUCCUCAAAUUAGCCCUGUUAAAGUGUGUGUAUUCAUGAUGCUGAGGCCUAUCAGCUUGCUCAUUUGCCUGCAGAGGAGCUGAUUAAAAUGCAUACUUCAAAAAAGCAAAAGGUGUAAUUAAGAAACAGUCAUUCAAAUGAAAUGUAACAAAACCUCUCUGAACAGCAAAUAACAAACCAGUAGGCCUAAUGCCUCUUAAAACAGGUCGUGCAGGUAGGCAUUAAGAUAUAGCGAACUGAAAGGAGGCUGGAAUUUCUCUCCCGAGCACUCAGCCAAGCUGCAAGGUGAGUCGCUCUCUGCUCUCCGAGCCUGUGCAGGAGUGCGUUCUGCUGCUGCUGCUGCUGCGGUGCGCCUCGCCUCGCCCCUCCCAUCUGGACUCCUGCUUAAACUCUCCUCUGUGCUCACCAAUAAAGCGCUUUUUGUCCAGGGAGGCAGCACUUGAGCGCAUUCCUUGACGUGGAGGUCGGUGUGUGUCUCCAAGGAUUUGAUGAAGACCGUUCGUUAUAAUUCUAAUACGUUCGCAGAAACUUUUUUUUUCUUCAGAGAGCGCGCACACACACGGAAAACUACAAGGUCUUGGAGUUUUAUCGGCGAAGUGCUCCGUCUGGAUAAAGACACAAGCGCAGCUGCGCUCACAACUUUACGUCUUUGAAGUUGAGGGAAAAGAAGACCUGAAGAAAAGUGGAGCGAGAGUAGAGGAGGAAGCGUCUCCACUGGGCUGAGUAUGGAGAGGGAAAAAGUCUGCACCAUGAAGGUCUUUCUCACUCCGCUGAUGCCCUUUCUGCUCUUCCUCAUCUUUCCUGAUGGCACCUUGUCCGGCGAGUGCCCAGACGACUGCACCUGUUCCACUCCAGAAUCCAUCUUAUGUUUUCUGAGACGCUCCUCUACCAUCCCACAGGGAGUGCCCCCAGCUACAAAAAGUCUCUACCUCUUUGCCAACGGCAUUGAGGGCUUGACAGCUGAGGACUUUGAUGGUCUGGAGAACCUGGAGAUGCUGGACCUCAGUCAGAACAAACUGACUGAACUUGCUGAUAGGGUGUUUGAACCUUUGACCUCUUUGAGAAACCUGGACUUGUCAUCUAAUCAGAUUACCCACAUUUCAGAGGAAUGCUUUCAGGGUAUGGCACUGCUUGAGCGCCUUUAUUUGUAUAGUAAUCUUAUUGAGACUAUCCACCCUGCGGCCUUUAAUGGCUUGGAUCACCUGCUGGAGCUCAAACUCCAGGGCAACCAGCUGACAUCCCUGCCUGCUCUCUCAAUGCCCCAACUGCUGCUGCUGGACCUUCGCUUUAAUGUUCUACCCACCUUGGGUCCAUCAGACCUCCAGACCCCAAACCUGGAGUCGCUCAAAUUGGGUGGUGUGGGGCUCACCAGCCUGGAUAAGGAGCUCAUAGGCAGUCUAAAGAAUCUCCACGAACUGGAUAUCUCAGGAAACCAACUUGAGACCUUCCCUGCUGCGCUGCAGGAGACACAUGGGCUGAUUCAUCUCAGCCUGGCUGGGAACCCGAUGGGUCCUCUUAAGGUUCAGGACUUGCAGAACCUUGGAGAGCUGCAAGAGUUGGACAUUAGCAGCCUCAGUUUGCAGGGCCUCCCUGAGGAGUUCUCCCAACUCUUACCCCACCUCAGAAAGCUCACAGUAGCAGAGAACCCUUUCAACUGUCUCUGUAACUUGGCGUGGUUCCCAAGAUGGCUGAGAGCCCAGAGCAUCACCCUGGAAAGGACAGAGGAGACCCGCUGCCAUUUUCCACCUGUAAAUGGUGGAAAGGUGUUGGAAAGACUGGAGUACAGGGAUUUUGGCUGUCCUACUACGACUACAGUCACUACUAGUACUGUUAAAACAACUACUACCCUGCCUGUUCCUGCUACCACCUUCGCAAGUACGACUAGAGCUGUCCCAGUCCCCAGGGCCAGUGACAACCCCGCAGACAAAGAUGAUUCCUUUCCCCUGCCCCCUGUCCCUGCAUCGCCCAGUAGCAGCAGCAUGGAUUUAGAUGAGGAGCAGCAUUUCUGUCCCCCUCACACCUGUCUGAAUGGAGGUACUUGUCAUUUGGACCAGCAUGGUCAGGUAGACUGCACCUGUCCACAUGGCACCUCAGGCAUGUACUGUGAAAACCAUCACCCGCCUUCACCACCUGAAGCUGAUAUCCCCAUGGUAACUGUCCCUGUCGACGCACCAGACAUCAGCUCACAUGAAGCAACCGCAACCUCAAUUCUGCUGGACCUCCACCGCUACAUUGAAAUGCGGCCCUUCAUCCGUGGAAUCCGCCUGACCUACCGCAAUCUGUCUGGGCCGGACCGAAGGCCAAUUCAACUCAGCCUGCCAGCAUCCUUCCCAGAGUACAGACUCAGAGGCCUGAAGCCCAACUCCACCUACUCUGUGUGUGCCAGUCCACUAGGUGCCCCCAGUGGCAUAGACAGUGUCUGCACUGAGGCCCACACAGCUCCUGAAACUGUCAGGGGCCAUGAUGCACAGUUUGACGACCAGAGGCUGACCACUAUGCUGGCGCCUGCAAUUGGCAUCUUGCUACUGCUUCUCCUGAUAGCAAUAGCAGUGGGAGUGGUAUGCUAUCUCCGCAGAAAGAGGGCCAAGGGCCACCUGGACCUGGACUGUGAGCCCUCCCAGCUAGAGCUGGAUGGAGUGAAGGCUGGUUUGGACAACGGGGCACUGCCUCAAAAACAGCCCCAACUUAUGAUCCCUGAACCUGCUGUUCAGAAUGGCAAUCUGGAAUACGAGGUGUUGCUACUACAGGAUCACUGUACGUCGAAUAACAAUAUGACUUCACACAAGCCUUCCUACUUUUGACACCUGGCUUUGACUACCCAGACCUAAAGGAGGAUUUUAAUUCUUCAGCUCUGUUUUCCCCACUGGAGAAACAGAGAGAGCAGCACAUGCUGUUGUGAAAGUGGAGGACACAGUAUCAGCCAGCCAACCAGCAGAGGAGAAAUUGGACAUAUAUUUAACUCGAUGCCCUCCAGUUGUCUAAGUAGACAUUAAACAAGUUCAAAAGCGUUUGUUUGGACUUUAAAAAGUGCCUCUUCUCCAUUUACAUGCUGCAUCCUGCUUCAGUAAUACUUCUUCCCUCACACGGCUGGACUGGCAACCUCUCAGCCCCCAUGCUAUGAUGCUGGGAGUGAUGAUGUGUUGUGCUUGGCUGAAACCUAGGGUAAAGGGACAUAGUGACCUCAGGCCCUCCUUUAUCUGUUCAUACAGGAGAGCGCACUGAAAUGAGGUUGCGCUGACCUUUUUCCACCACAACAGCCCAACUAAACACUAUCAGCAAUUGUUUUUGCUGCAUGUUGUAACUCUUCAGUACUACCCCAAAGGGAUCAGUGCUUGCUGUGAAUGACCUUUAAGACACCAAAUGAAGUUGUGCAGAGAAAAUAGCUGAUGCUUGUAUCGCUUUAUUUGGCUCUAAAACACUUGUGAUUAUUUUGUUUUGUACGUAUGUUUUUUUUAUACCUGUGUCUUUAUGUCAAUUUUUUUUUUCAUUGUGCAACAUUGUGACUGUUAACAGCCCUCCACACCCUCCACCCCCACCUCUUGUGACUAACAGACAAAACAGCAGAUUAAAAUCUUUGAAGAUUAAAACUCGUUUGGUACCAGCGAAGUCAAUCAAAGGGCUUUGCCCCCAGAAUGUCAGACAGUCUAAGUAGAUGUGAGUCUGGACAGACUCAAGA